GCUGAUGCACAGCUUGGCUGCCAUAACCAAGGCUGUCAUAAAACUCUCAAAUACUACUGUUGUGAGUACUAAGAGGGAAAACCAGCUGUAAGUACUACCCACAUGUAAGUUGUUACUUGUUGUAUGAUGUAAGUUGGCGAGUUUGGAAGAAGUUGGAGGGUACAACCUCGUCUUCACUGUGAGGCAUGCAUGAAGUAUGAGUGGAUAUGGACAAGGAACUGGAAGUGGAAAGUGAUAGAGAGGGAGUCCCAGAAGAACCGAAAAUGAGUCCAGAGAAACAAGAAGAAACCAGUCAAGGUGUUGUCAAUGAAAGUGCAUUAUUACAGGGUCUGUCCAGCCAUGUGACUCCGUUGGUACCAGAAUUCUUGGACCCAGCACGUAUCCAAGAGAAGGCCUUGGCCCAUGAGGUAAACAACACACAGCACAUGCCUGCAGAGGAGUCCAGAGGUCCACAGCCCAAGGACAUAGUCCCCCCUGUAUGGGGCGGUAGCAUCUCCAAUUCCUCAGCAAAAACCAUACAGCCCAAGCAGGCUGACAUCCCCAGUUUUUCAGCAAAACCCAUCCUGCCCAAGCAGGCUGAUACUCCAAGUUUGUCAGCAAGAACAAUCCCACCCAAGCAGGCUGACACCCCCAACUCCCCAGAAAAAAUUAUCCCACUCAAGCAGACUGACAUCUUCAAUUUCUCAGCAAAAUGCCUAUCACCCAAGCAGGCUGACACCUCCAGUUUUUUAACAAAAAUCAUCCCACCUAAGCAGGGUGAUACCUCCAAUUCCCCAACUAAAACCACCCCAUACAAACAGACUGAUAUCCUCAAUUCCCCAGCCAAAACCAUCCUACCCAAGGAGGCUGACACCCCCAACUUUUCAGCAAGAACCAUCCCCCCCAAGCAGGCUGACACCCCCAAUUUUUCAGCAAAAAUCAUCCCAUCCAAGCAGGCUGACACCCUCCAUUCUUUAGAAAAAAUUAUCCCACCCAAGCAAGAUGACAUCCCCAAUUCCUCAGAAAAAAUCACCCUGCCAAAGGAAGAUGGCACAUCUGCUUCUUCAGAAAAGAAGAUCCCACCCAAGCAGGGUGACACCAAUUCCUCAGUAAAAUCCAUCCUGCCUAAGCAGGGCAAUAACCCCAAGUUCUUAGCAAAAUCCAUUCUGCCCAAAGGGGCCAACACCCCCAAGUUGUCAGCAAAAGCUUUCCAGUCUAAGCAGGUCAACAGCCCCAAGGUCUUAGCAAAAACCAUCCGGUCCAAGCACAGCCACACUUCCAAGUCCUCAGAGGAAAGCCUCCUGCCCAGAGAGGGUGACACCAAGUCCUCAGAAGAUACCAUCCACCCCAAGGAGGGUGACAUCCUCAAGUCCUCAAAAGAAACCAUUCAGUCCAAGGAGGGUGACAUUCCCAAGUCCUCAGAAGAAGCCAUCCAUCCCAUAGAAGGCAGUGUCCAGAAGCCAUCAGAGACAAUGGAACUCUUGGAGGUGGACUUGGUGAAAGUGAUCCUGAGCAAGGAGGACUUUGAGUUGGCGCUCAAGGAGGCCGGGGAGAAGCUGGUAGCCGUGGACUUCUCAGCCACCUGGUGUGGGCCUUGCAGGACCAUCAGGCCCCUUUUCCAGUCCCUGUCCUUGAAGUAUGAGGAUGUGGUGUUCCUGGAAGUGGAUGCUGAUGAGUGUGAGGAGCUGGUGAGAGACCUGGAGAUCAUUUGCAUCCCAACCUUUCAGUUUUAUAAAAAAGAAGAAAAGGUGGGAGAAUUUUGUGGUGCUGUUAAAGAAAAACUCGAAGCAAGCAUUGCAGAAUUAAAGUAAUUGUGAAUUCUGAAAGCAGUGUUAACAGUCAGCUGGUUAUAGUUUGUGAUUUUUUUAUUUAUGAAAAGAGAUGAGACAUAAUGAAAAUGUAUGUCUGAAUGACACCUGCUCAUAAAUGAUGAAGUGUUAACUCCACUUUUUCAAAAAGUAGUAAAAGCAUGAAAGCAUGUUGUGACCAUGCUUUCGUUGGUAGGAAAGUGUGAUAUUAGAAUUUCCUUUGGUGGAGAUUGGGAGUCUACCUGUCUCCUAUUUUUUUGAUCAU